GAAAAAUUCUAACCAAUUUUAAAUAUGUAUUCCAAAAUGUAUUACUUGCUUAAAUUUUUUGUCCUCGGUUUUUUGGUUCAAAGCUGUUUUGCUACUAAAUCAUUUCCGGAAAGCUUUAUGUUUGGAGCUGGCACUGCAGCAUUCCAAAUUGAGGGAGCUUGGAAUGAAGAUGGUAAAGGACCAAGCAUUUGGGAUACUUUCUUCCACAACAAAAAUGCCGAAGAAAAUGGUGAUGUAGCCUGUGAUUCUUAUCAUAAAUGGAGAGAAGACGUUCAAAAUGCCAAAGACCUCGGAUUGCAAUUUUAUAGAUUCUCAAUUGCUUGGUCAAGAAUUCUGCCGAAUGGAACACUGAAUAUUGUUAAUCAAAAGGGAAUUGAUUACUAUUCAAAUCUUAUAAAGGCCUUGAAAGCGGAAAACAUAGAACCAGUUGUAACAUUGUAUCAUUGGGAUAUGCCACAACAUAUCAGUGAUUUGGGUGGUCUUUUAAACGUCCAGUUUGUUGAUUAUUUUGAAGAUUAUGUCAGAUUAUGCUACAAUUCAUUUGGGUCUGAUGUUAAGUAUUGGGUAACAUUCAAUGAGCCCACUAUUCAUUGUUUUAUGGGGUAUGGUUAUGGAAAUGGAGCACCUGGAUUUGCCUUGCCUGGUGAUGGUUUGUAUCAGUGUUCUUACGUUCUUCUUAAAUCCCACGCUAGAGCAUACAGAAUAUACGAUGAAGAGUUUCGCGAUCAGUAUCAAGGAAAAGUUGGAAUAGUUUUAGAAUCUAGCUGGGUUGAUGCAGAAACUGACGAUCUCUUGGAUUUAGAAGCGCAAGAGCGAUCACUCCAGUUUAAUCUUGGAUGGUUUGCAAAUCCGAUCUUUAAAGGUAACUGGCCUGAAGUAAUGAUCGACCGCAUAGCAAAUAGAAGUCAGCUGGAAAACUUAGCCCGAUCUCGUUUGCCUGCUUUCACACAAGACGAAAUAGAAUAUAUUAACGGAACUCACGACUUCUUUGCACUAAACACGUAUUAUAGCAAUGCUGUUAGAUACGAGGAUGACGAACCAAUCGGUACACCAUCAUAUUCAAAAGAUUUGAGUGUUGGUUCGAGCAUAAAUCGUAAUUUUUCUGAUAACCAGGCUUUCAGAAAGUUGUUAAAUUACGUCAACGACAGGUAUAAUCCUGGUAGCAUUUUGAUAACUGAAAACGGAAAAGGUACUUCAGAUGGAUUAGAAGACACAGACAGAAUUGAAUAUUUAAAGCUUUAUUUGGGAAAUUUGUUGGAUGCUAUUCUGGAAGACAAUAUUAAUGUUAUUGGAUAUUCAUUAUGGUCACUGAUGGACAAUUUCGAAUGGGGCACCUAUGAGACCAGAUUUGGUAUCAUUAGGGUAGAUUAUGACAGCCCUAAUAGAACAAGAACAUGGAAGGAAUCAGCUAGAUGGUAUCAAAAUCUUAUUGCAACUAGAGUAUUGGAUAAUUCAACAAUAAUUAUAAAUAAUUAAAGAGAAAUUUAUGAUUUUUAUUCUUUGUAAAAUUAUUGUUUAAUUAGAAAAAUGUACAUAUUUUUUAUUA